CCGAGCCGCGCGGGAUUGUGGGACGCGGUGCGCGCGCCCAAAAACUAGCGGGCGGCUGGCUGGGGACUGCAUGUUGGAUUCUGGUGUCAUCCUCAAGAUCUUGCCUUCCUCAAGCCAGGGCUGCGCUCCUCCGCGCCGAGACCAUGUUCGUGCCCUGCGGGGAGUCGGACCCCGACUUCUCGGGCUGCACUCUGGUGCUGCCAGCAGUAUCUGUUGGAAAUGUUGGCCAACUUGCAAUAGAUCUGAUUAUUUCUACAUUGAACAUGUCUAAGAUCGGUUACUUCUAUACUGAUUGUCUGGUGCCAAUGGUUGGAAAUAAUCCAUAUGCAACAGCAGAAGAAAAUUCAACUGAACUCAGUAUAAAUACGGAAGUAUAUUCAUUGCCUUCAAGGAAGUUAGUGGCUCUUCAGUUAAGAUCUAUUUUUAUUAAGUAUAAAUCCAACUCAUUCUGUGAAAAACUCCUGUCCUGGGUGAAAAGUAGCAGCUUCACUAGAGUUAUCGUUCUUUCCAGCAGUCACUCCUACCAACGGAACGACCUACAGCUUCGCAGCACUCCUUUUCGGUACCUGCUUACACCUUGUAUGCAAAAGAGUGUUGAGAAUAAAAUAAAGAGCCUUAACUGGCAAGAAAUGGAAAAAACUCCAUGCAUUCCAGAAAUGAGUGACUCUGAUUACUGUGUCCGGAUUCCAGGAGGAGGGAUCACAAGAGCAUUGUAUGAAGAGGGAUUUCCUUUCCUGCUUUUUUUUCAUGAGACAGGAUCUCCCAGAGUCACUCAGGCCAGCACCUUGAACCCCAGCAGUCUUCCUGCCCCAGCCUCCAAGUGCUGGGAUUCUGGAGGAGUGCAACACGGAAGCCAGCACGCUGGGCUCAGUGUGUCCCUUGGUGAAGAACUUGAGCGUCCUGUUGCUUGCAGCUGUUCUAAAGAAAUCUACAUGGCGGUUCUGCUGAAGUUCGUUUCCGAAGGGGACAAUGUUCCGGAUGCGCUGGGUCUUGCCGAGUACCUGAACGAGUGGCUGCAGCUCAUCAAGCCACAGAGUAAAGACCCCGCACCGCCCACCUUGCCUUGGAAAAUACCAAGUUCCUGGAAACUACUCUUUGGCAGUGGUCUUCCCCCUGCACUUUUCUGAUCUGCUUUCAGCUCUAUUGUAGUGUCCUGAGACACUACAAACACAACUGUUAAAUAUUCUAUAUAAAGCAGAUUAGGACAUGGAUACUCUUCACAGAAUAUUUCAAAGAAAAAUGGGUUAACCAAAGGCCUUUCAUCAUCUGCAACAGGUGUAAAAUUUGUACAAUAAAACUUUAUUUCCUAAGUAA